AUGACCUGGGAAAAUCGCUCGGUGUCGAUGGAAUUUGUGUUCCUAGCCUAUCCCUCCCACCCAGAACUGCGAGUCUUGUCCUUCGUUGGGAUCAGCCUGGUUUAUACAUUUGUCAUCACCGGGAAUGGCCUCAUUGCAGGGGCCGUUGGGACAGAAGCCCGCCUACGCACACCCAUGUACUGUUUCCUGGGCAGCCUCUCGGGAGUAGAAAUAUGCUACACUGCUGUGGUGGUGCCUCACAUCCUGAUCAACCUCCUGAGGUCGGAGAAGACCAUCACCCUCCCAGGCUGUGCCACUCAGAUGGUUUUCUUCAUCGGCCUUGGCAGUGCUGAUUGCUUUCUCUUGGCUGCCAUGGGCUAUGAUCGGUAUGUUGCUAUUUGCCACCCCUUGCAGUACCCUCUCAUCAUGACUUUAACACUCUCUGUCCGCUUGGUUUCGGCCUCUGUGGUCAUCGGAUUGUUCCUGGCCUUGCAACUGAUGGCUUUUAUUUUCUCUCUGCCAUUUUGUCCGACGCGAAGUAUCGAGCACUUCUUUUGUGACGUGCCACCAGUGAUGCGUCUUGUUUGUGCCGACAGCCACAUCCAUGAGCAGUCGGUGCUGGUGGCAGCCACACUAGCCAUAGCUAUGCCUUUCUUCCUUAUCGCCACCUCCUACACCUUCAUCGUGGCUGCUGUGCUCAAGAUCCACUCAGCAGCUGGCCGCCACCGGGCCUUCUCCACAUGCUCCUCCCACCUCACUGUGGUCCUGCUGCAGUAUGGCUGUUGCGCCUUCAUGUACCUACGCCCCAGCUCCAGCUACUACCCCAAGCAAGAUCAGUUUGUCUCACUGGUGUACACAUUGGGAACCCCACUUCUCAACCCACUUGUCUACACCCUGAGGAACAGUGAGAUGAAGGGGGCCAUUGGGAGAGUUCUCACCAGGAAUUACCUCUCCCAGAAGAGCUAG